AUGCCACACACUCAACAGAUCCAUGCUGGCGACCCUGCAUAUGCUUCUCCUGUAAUUCGUCCUCCUUCUCCUGCAAGUUCUGUGGGAACCGCAUACGGGCCCGAUGACACGUCUCUAUCUGACUCGGGAUUGAAUCAGGAUGUUUUCGAGCGAAAGUGGAUCGCCAGCCUUCGACUUGAUGAACCGAAACAUGAUGAAGUCCAUAGCUUGAAAGAUCCCUUGAUAAUUUGUCCUAGCGAUCCGCAAGAACAGAAGCUGCUGUUUGAGGAAAUAUUACGUGGCUUCCGACAGCGUGUUCAACAGCUAGAGGAGGAUGAAAUAUUUCAGCAAGCAGUCAUAAACGGUUCUCAAAUUGGAAAGGAACAACUACCUUCAGCUGACAACGUGGAGAACUUGAUACAGAACAUGAUGGGCGCCUCAAUAGGAAACGAAGCAAGCCACAUACAAGAUGGUCCUUGGAAUAGACGCAACACUACUCAUGCGACUCCCACUUCCAGCAGUAUGAGGACCGCUGCCGGGAAAGGGCGACUAGGGACAACCUGA